GAGAACGCCGUCUUCCGGCCUCCCAAGGGCUGCUUCCUGGCCCGGCCAAUGGGGGAGAGCGUUGCUGGUCGAUUCCGGCGGCGUCGCGCUCUGAGGGGACCUCGGCGGCGUCGGCCCGGCAUGGGCAGCCCGCGCUCCUCACUGGCGUCCCUCCGCUGAGCAGCCGCGACAGCCAUGGCCGGCACCUCCCGAGACCUGGUGGGCACCGACGUCUUCGACGAGGCCGUGCGGAGCACCUGCGACGUCGCCUCCCACUGCAAGCGGUAUGCUGUCAGUGUUGGCUACUGGAAGGACCCUUACAUUGAAUAUUUUGUAAGCCAUCCAAAAGAAAGGAAGGCACCUGAAAUCAGCCGUGGGUAUUAUGCCCGGGUCCAAGGAGUUGGUCGUUUACUUAAGGCUUUCUUAGAAAAGACAAAAUGCAAUUGCCAAAUUAUAAAUCUUGGUGCCGGCAUGGAUACUCUGUUUUGGAAAUUAAAGGAUGAGAAUCUUCUUCCUUUGAAAUACUUCGACGUUGAUUUUCCAUCUAUAGUAUCAAGAAAAAUUCACUACAUCAAAUCAAAGCCUCCUCUCUCCAAACCAAUCAUGGAAAGCCAUUUAGGGGAGACGGUUCUCAUAGAUGCACAUAGUUUGGACACCAGCCGAUAUGCCAUUGUUGGAGGUGAUCUUCGAGAUCUACCCAAACUGGAAGAACAACUGAAGAAAUGCAACAUGGAUCCAAAUUUGCCAACACUACUGAUGACGGAAUGUGUGCUGAUCUACAUGACCAUGGAGCAUUCGAUUGACCUCAUUAAGUGGGUGGCAACCACAUUUCGGUCUGCCAUGUUUAUCAACUAUGAGCAGGUGAAUAUGCUGGAUCGCUUUGGACAGAUCAUGAUUGAGAACUUGCAGAGUAAGCAGUGCGAGCUGGUGGGUGCAGACGCUUGCAGAUCUCUGGAGACCCAGAAGGAACGAUUCCUGCAAAAUGGCUGGGAAACAGUAAAUGGUCUUGAUAUGUUGAAGGUCUAUCAGAGUUUGCCACCAGAUGAGAUCAAAAGGAUAGAGGCACUUGAGUUCCUGGAUGAGAAGGAACCAUUUGAGCAGCUCAUGCAACAUUACUGCCUGUGCUGGGCUAUCAAGGAUUCCCAGAAUUUAGGCCUUGCAGACAUUACUCUGUGACGCAUUUGCUCCAGUGGAGCUCCAGGUGAAUCUGCUGCCCCCUCCCGGUGGGCCUCUGCAUGCAUCUGCUGCCCCCCCUGCUCCUGUGGAAGUGUGUGCAGGUGAACAUGAGCCUUGGAGCUGUGGCAAGCAGCCUCCUCUCCCCCGUUCGUGGCACGUGACAACCUUUUGAAUAAAUUACUCUUUUUGUGAGCAGCCGAAAAACAAGCGAGUCUCUCUCCCUUUUGUAGGGAUUUUUUCAAAAAAAAGUGGUGUUGAUGAACGGAAAGGGAUUUGGAUUCCUCCUAGAUGUCCGAGAGUUCUUGUCCUGCUGGCUGGUUCAGAACUGGGCUGAGUUUUUCCCCUGGGGAAACGCAGGGGGCCCUUUUGGCUGCCAGCAAUCCCCUUCUCCCUGGCCUCAUUUUCCUUCCUGAAAUGAUGUUCCUGGUGCAUUUUCACCCUCUUCUGCCUUGAGUUUCUUGGUGUCUCCCGUAGGACUCCUCUUUCUUCUUUUCCCCCCAAAGGGAGCUGGCUGCAGUCUGGAAGCUCUCACUCUCGCUGAGGGGGUGGGAAUUGUGUUGGUUUUGGGCCGCAGCUUCUGGGGGCUGUAUUGAGAUGCACUCCUGAUCCUGAGAGAGUUAAUAAAUGGUGACGUUUUGUAAA